AGUACAUCGAGAGUUUUCAGAAACACGCUUUGAUGCGUUCAGACUGCACUGAGAGAUCCCAAGAUGCCUUCCACAAUCACUGUCGCAGAUUACCUGUUUACGAGGCUGAGGCAGCUCAAUGUCGAAUCGGUACACGGGGUGCCGGGAGACUACAACUUGUCAUUAUUGGACUACGUUGAGCCGAAUGGACUGCACUGGGUAGGGAAUGCGAACGAGCUAAACGCCGCGUAUGCUUCCGAUGGCUAUGCGAGGCUGAAAGGUCUCUCAGCGCUCAUAACAACGUUUGGGGUCGGCGAGCUGAGCGCCAUCAACGGCAUCGCCGGCGCAUACGCCGAACUCGCACCCGUCGUGCACAUCGUCGGCACGCCCGCCCGGAAAUCCCAGCAGGAGAGGGCAAAGGUCCACCACACCUUUGCCGAUGGCGACUUUCAACGCUUCGCUCUCAUGUAUAGACACAUCACCGUUGCGCAAGCGGAGCUGAGCGACCCGCGUACCUGCGCGCAGCUCAUUGAUUCCACCCUCCAGCAAUGCCUCAUCCACAGCCGUCCGGUCUAUCUCGCGCUGCCCGCUGAUGUGGUGGGCAUCCGAAUCGACGCCACACCUCUGCAGACGAGCAUUGAGCUACCGAGGUCCCUACCACCAUCGGUAGAUGCUGAAACAGCGCUCGCAACGGUUCUCGAUCGCAUCUAUUCCAGCCAACGUCCUAUGAUCCUCGUGGACGGCGAGAGCCGAGCAUACGGCAUCCUGACCGAGCUCCAGCAGCUCAGCACGAUCACUCACUGGUCAACAUGGACAACCAUCUUCGGCAAAAGCUGCAUCGACGAGUCUCUGCCCAACUUCCGCGGCAUUUGGAAAGGGAGCGCCGCCAGCCAGCACGACAAGGAUUUUGUGAAAGGGCGGGAUCUCAUUUUGUGCUUUGGACCCCAUUUCAGUAAUACCAAUAGCUACGGCUACUCGAGCGUGCCGGACGCUAAGAUCAGCGUGCACUUCAUGCAGACGAGUGUGCAGGUGGAUGGGCAGACGUUCAGGGAUCUGCCGGCGAAGCAAUUCCUCUCUGCGCUACUUGCGAAGUUGGAUCCUUCGAAGAUGACCAAGUCUCCGGAAGAGGUGGUACUGAACGGAGAGAAAAAUGGCAUUCCCUCACCGCCGGGGAGUGCACCUCUCACGCAGGACCACUUCUACAAGUUCUUUGACAAAUACCUCCGAUCAGGUGAUGUCAUCCUCGCCGAAACCGGCACCGCAGGCCACGGCUGCCGCGACUUCAAACUCCCGCCUCACUCUCUGCUCCUCAAACCCACCACCUGGCUCUCCAUAGGCUACAUGCUGCCCGCCACGCAGGGCGCAGGGCUCGCGCAGCGCGAACUCCACGCCGCAGGCCGCUGGUCGGCAGCGCAUCAACCGCGCACCGUCCUUCUUAUCGGAGACGGCAGCUUCCAGAUGACGGUGCAGGAAUUGAGCACGAUCAUUAGGGAGAAACUGAAUGUCCUGCUCGUUUUGAUCAAUAAUGAUGGGUACACGAUUGAGCGGUGCUUGCACGGUUGGAAUCAGGGGUAUAAUGACAUUGCAAGGUGGAAGUACCUGCAGGCGCCGGCGUUUUUCGGGGCGAAUGAGGGUCAAGGUGGCGAAGGAGGCUACCGUGCUUCCACGUAUCGCGCGGAAACGUGGGACGAGUUGGAGAAGGUGAUGGCGGAGGAGGACGGGGAGGAGCCGAAGCUGAAGAUGGUGGAGGUUGUGAUGGAUCGCGAGGAUGCGCCGAUUACGUUGAAGGGGUUGUUGCAGCAGCAGAAAGAUGCGGCGGCGGUGGCGCAGAAGUAGGUACUUUAAAUGCUCGCACCAUCAAAUUUUUGUACACAUGUUGAUACUCUAUGCACGAUCACGGCCCACCAUAUCCGAUCUCUGAUCGGUUGUCAUCGAUGACACGCCCAUACCUAUGCAGCAGUCAGCAAAAGUCCACAUCAUGAGACGCGCAAUGUACACUCACUCCAA